AUGAAUGUUUUUCUCUUCGCCUCCCUUCUUUUGGUUACCUCGUUCGCGAGGGCAUGGCCUACCAUCGUUCAACGUACUCCAACCCUCGGGGGGCCGCCACCGGAACUUCUUCGAUAUCUUGAGGCCACUGACGAUAGUACCGGGUCGAACAGUAGACGGAGUAUCGGGCCUCAGAUCGGUGGAUAUCAUGACCUUCCGGAGGAGCUACGACAUACUUUCAGUACCCUGGAUAAACGUGAUCACCGGCAGAACUGUGGACCAAAUCGAGACGGCAACGUGAUGACUUGGGUACCCGUGGAGACCUGGAUCACUACUGCGGCGACAUUCUGUAACGAGGCUGCCGGCCCCGAUACAGUUAUCCCGGUGGAGAGAGACUCGUGCUCCGACGACAACAACCCUGAGUGUCAUCAGGGAUGGUUUUGGAAGUCAUACGACGUUACCUUGACCGCGCAGGACGAGCGAUCCCAAGGCGACCCUGGGCAUGUGAACUUCUUUAUCCGCAAUACUAAGCGAAGCCCCGCCGGCGGUCUCAGUUUCGAGGACUGUAUGCUCUACCAGAGAAAGCAGUCCAACGGGCCUGACGUGGGCGCGUCUAGGUGCUGGGGCUCGAAGAACAACGACACUAGGGGUGGUGCGUGGAGCGUCGAUUCGUUUGGGCAGGUCGGAGGAUACAUUUACAGCGGUCAUGUCACUCAGGCGUUCUAA